UCCACUUCUCACAAGGAAGAAAUUAAGUUAAAUCAAGAGAGAGAGAGAGAGAGAGAUGGCAUGUGGGCAGUUUGGUGUUGUGUUGAAGAAGCUGAAACCUUAUUUGCUUGUUGUGAGCUUGCAAUUUGGGACUGCAGGGAUGUACAUAAUCAGCAUGGUUACUCUCAACCAUGGCAUGAACCGAUUUGUUCUCAUCGUCUAUCGCAAUGCUGCUGCAGCCCUCUUCCUUGCUCCUUUCGCCUUGGUUCUUGAAAGGACAACGAGACCAAAAAUGACAAUUUCCACCUUUUUGCACAUAAUGGUGCUGGGAUUCCUAGAGCCAAUUGUUGAUCAGGGGUUUACAUACUUGGGGAUGAAAUACACAUCGGCAUCAUUUACAUCUGCUAUCAUGAACGCCGUCCCGUCUGUUACCUUUGUUAUCGCAGUUAUUUUUCGGGUAGAAAGUGUAAAGAUGAAAGAGGUACGCAGUCAAGCCAAGGUGAUAGGAACCCUAGUAACUUUUGCUGGCGCCAUGCUGAUGACAGUGUACAAAGGCCCUGUCGUUGACCUCCUAUGGUCACACAAAACCAGCAGCCACAGCAGCACCACUACAUCCACCGACCAACACUGGGUGACCGGGACAGUCUUCAUCCUCGUAGGUUGUGUUGCUUGGUCUUGUUUCUACGUAUUGCAAUCCAUAACAGUGAAGAAAUACCCUGCAAACAUCUCACUUUCCUGCUUGAUAUGCUUGGUGGGAGCGUUGCAAGGUGCAGUCGUGGCAGUUACUGUAGAGCGUCGUGCUAGUGCGUGGGCGGUCGGCUGGGAUUCAAGGCUCCUAGCGCCUCUCUACUCGGGAAUAAUUGGCUCUGGAAUUGCUUAUUACGUGCAAGGCUUGGUGAUGAAGACUAGAGGCCCGGUUUUCGUAACAGCUUUCAACCCUCUCUGCAUGAUCAUCGUCUCUAUUCUGGGUUCCAUUAUUCUAGCUGAGAAACUUCACCUUGGCAGUAUAAUUGGAGGCGUGAUCAUCGUGUUUGGCCUUUAUUCUGUGGUGUGGGGUAAAAGCAAGGAUUAUUGUAAAAGCUCAGCAGUGCCAUCCAGUCCUGCUAUGAAGGAUGAAGCUCACGAAUUGCCAAUUUCUAAUGGAAGUGCUACCAAUGGGACUAAAUUGGUCAUUGACAAAAAUGGCAGCGACCAGCCAUCCCAAAUGCAAUAUAUGACGGUCCAAAAAUAAUGCUAAUCUUACUUUAAAUUUGCAGUAUAAAGAACCAGAAAAUGUCUUUUUAAUCUCCCUUUCGAAUUUGAUUGUAAUUAUGAAUCUAUGAUUAGCAUGUAGCAAUCCGUUUCUUUUCUAA